GAAGCCUAAGAGCAAUUCUCGCGAGAUGUAGAGUUGCCGUAGCCUCAGGAGAGGGGCGGAGGUCUAGAGGUACACCUCGUGGGGGUUGCUGCGGGACCUGAAUCUCCUGCAGGCUUUCAAUCUGGUUUUAGGUGGAAGUUGGAACCGUGGAAAUGCGGAAGGAAACUCCGCAGCCCCUAAUACCCCCGGCAGCCCGCGAGUGGAACCUUCCCCCUAAUGCUCCCGCUUGCAUGGAACGGCAGUUGGAAGCUUCGCGGUACCGGUCCGAUGGGGCGCUUCUGCUCGGAGCCUCCAGCCUGAGUGGCCGUUGCUGGGCUGGCUCCCUCUGGUUUUUUAAGGAUCCUUGUGCCGCCCCCAACGAAGGUUUCUGUUCCGCUGGAGUCCAGACAGAGGCAGGAGUGGCUGACCUUACUUGGGUAGGGGACAGAGGUAUCCUAGUGGCUUCCGAUUCAGGUGCUGUUGAGUUGUGGGAGCUGGAUGAGAAUGAGACACUCAUUGUUAGCAAGUUCUGCAAGUAUGAACAUGAUGACAUUGUGUCUACAGUCAGUGUCCUCAGCUCUGGCACUCAAGCUGUCAGUGGUAGCAAGGACUUCUGCAUCAAAGUGUGGGACCUUGCUCAGCAGAUGGUUCUGAAUUCAUACCGAGCUCAUGCUGGCCAAGUUACCUGUGUUGCUGCUUCUCCCCACAAGGACACUGUGUUUCUUUCCUGCAGUGAGGACAAUAGAAUUUUACUCUGGGAUAACCGCUGUUCCAAGCCAGCAUCACAGAUGGGCUACAGUGCCUCUGGCUACCUUCCUACUUCACUGGCUUGGCAUCCUCAGCAAAGUGAAGUCUUUGUCUUUGGUGAUGAGAAUGGGACUGUCUCCCUUGUGGAUACCAAGAGUGCAAGCUGUGUCCUGAGCUCAGCUGUACAUUCCCAGUGUGUUACUAGGCUGGUGUUCUCCCCACACAGUGUUCCCUUCCUGGCCUCUCUCAGUGAAGACUGCUCACUUACUAUGCUGGACUCCAGCCUUUCUGAGGUGUUUAGAAGCCGGGCCCACAGAGACUUUGUGAGAGAUGCUACUUGGUCCCCACUCAAUCACUCUCUCCUUACCACAGUGGGCUGGGACCAUCAGGUCAUCCACCAUAUUGUGCCCACAGAACCCCUCCCAGCCCCUGGACCUGAAAGUGUUGCUGAAUAGGUUGGAUUUAAGACAGAAAGCAAGUCCCCCAUGAGUAUCGGCCUCUUUGUGCCUGCUCCUCAGCUUGUGAGACAACGCAGGAGCCUUCUAUAGUAUGUUGAUACACAAGAACUGUGUAGUUAAUUGGCAUUGUCUCUCAGUCUGAGGAAGGCUGGAUUCUGGGAUCUUGUAGUUGCAGAGGAAAAACUUUUUUAAAAAUGGAUAUGUAUGUGUGUCUGAGUGUGUGUGUAGAUCUAUAGUUAUUGGUGCGGGGGGAAUAAAGAUAUCCAUCUCAUAUUUCCUAAGCACUGUCCCACCCUCCCACCAAAAAAAGUCUAUGAAAGUGUUUUAUGCUUCCCAUGUAGCUAUUUAUGAGGAAUUGGUCAUGUCCAGCCACAUGGGUGUCCCUGGAUUCUUGGAAGCAGCUCUUAUACUAUUCACAGGGGUCGAUUUUAUUUUUUUAUGAUGCUUAAGUCACCAUUCCUAUGGAAAAUGCUUCCAAUUAUAAAAAUCCAGCCCACUGCACUUUGAGAAAGAGGCAGGACAUGCUACAGUUUUAUGUAACUCCUUGCUACUAAACUGAAUCAGAAGUCCAUUUUCUGGCUAAAUAAGAAGUUGGGCUGGUACCUGCAUAAUGCCAGUCCAUUCUGCCCACUCCCUUCCCUCUGUUCCCCAGUGGAAUUAUAUAUAUGAGAGAGGAGUGUUUUUAUGUCAUAGAUGCCAUAGAGAAAAGUUUAGGGACGAUGGAGUGCGUAAAUAGGCAUUUCAGUUAAGUUACAAAACUAGCACUAACUGUUACAGAGAAAUCUUUACUGCUUUUCCUACCUGAAAAUAGCCUGGGGCCUGACCUCCCUGCCUCUGGUUCCUCUCCCGGGAUAUAGAAAGUCUGAGUGCUGCAUUUGUAGAUUCUUCAGGUUUUAAACCCAGCAUCAGAAAGAGAAUCAGAAAUACUGGUUGGUAAAAUAAAGAGUUUAGGCAUUGUUGGCCUCGUUUUUUUUGUAGUAUGUGUGUUAAUAUGCAGUGAGACUUUGCUCUUAUGUGAGCCAUCAGAGUGCCCAUAAUCCAUUACUUUUGUUUCUGUGCAUCUCCAGACUUCCAAAAUUUAUUGGAAUUUAAGGUGUGAAGACUUAUUUAUUCCUUGGGUUGGUAGAGUGGCUA